AUGAAUAUGGGAAAGUUAACUCGUAAUAAAACAUAUAAUGGAUUGCGGCAUCACAAGCUUCCAGCAACUAGGCCUCGUCGAGGCAGACCUCCAACUCGAAGGGGAAUUAUAGAUUUAGAUUCUAUUCCUACCAGAAAUAGUAGCUUACAAGAACAACAAUUUUCGCUCCCAGAAGAACUUUUUCCAUCCAUGCAACAAGAUCGACCCACACCUAAUAAUGUAUUAUCAGGAAAUUGCGAACCAGGAUCAUCUACGACCACCACAAGUACAAUUAUUACAAUAAAAAUGACGACAAUCACACAUACGGAUGCAAGUAAUCAUUCAUCCACGACAACGACUGUUACAACUGACAUUUCUCCAGUCUCCAGUAAUACAAUAUCUUCUGAUCCUGCGUCAUUAAUGGUGGAAACAAGAGAAUUAUCUCCUCAUGUAGAUAGAUAUCCACCAAUUGAUGCUGAUGGCGUUAUUAAUAAUAAUGACGAUGAUACUGAGAUCGUAGUUCAUACAGCUAAUACAACUAAUACUCCUAAUACUGCUGAUAUGGCUAAUACGGCUGAUACGUCUAAUACAACCGAUACGGCCGAUAUGGCUAAUACAACAGACACAACAGAUACAGCUGAUACAGCCGAUACAACUGAGACAACUGACACGGUUAAUACGGUUAAUACGGUUAAUACAGUUGAUAUUGAUAUCAUUAAUACAGUUGACACAGUUAUUACUGAUAAUACGGAUAAUUCAGUUAAUACGGUUAAUACGGUUAAUACAGAAAUGUCAGUUCCCAUUGAACCUAUCAUUCAACAAGAUCAUUUGCCACAUUAUGAUGAGCCUUUAAUAGAUUCACGAAUUAGUAGUGGUACAUCUAAUUUAGGAUUUAGUGAUCUCCUAGAAAGUAGUAAUAUUAGCAAUAACAAUAAUGCUAUUAAUAUGGUGAGAACUCCAAGCACCGCAACCAUUAAUUCAAUUGGCACAAGUUCAAGUCCGGUGCUGGAUUCUUCAUUUGUUGAUUCAAACACUGUUGGAUCGGAUACAAGUUGCUUAAUGAAUCGAUCGAGUCAUUCUCCAAUGAGCAAUUCUCCGACUUUACCCUCGAGCGCUAUUUCUAGACCAAGUUAUUAUCGCUUACCUGAAUUAGACACUUUAGGUACUGUUUAUGAUGUAUGGAAUGAAUGGAAUGUGGGUUUGGGUGAAAAUCCAUCGAUAAUUGCUUUACUAGAAACUUAUGGAACAAAAUGGGCAAACGAGAAUAAGGAGACUUUGCUUUUACGCAAAAAGCUCAUAAAAGAGAUUCAACAAAGAUCAAAUGUUAUAGGCGUUGAUAGUGCUAUUAAUGAGUUGGAGAGAAUGAGAGAUGGUAAUGGUUUAAUAUGA